AUGAUGGACGCCAAAGAUGUGGUUGUGCAUGUCCGCAACUUAGAGAAGUCCAAGGGCAACGACGAGUCGGUGCUGGAGAUAUUGCGGAUAUUAGAGAAGGAAGUAGUCCCUACGGAGAAGCUACUCAGAGAGACGAAAGUCGGUGUCGAGGUGAACAAGUUCAAGAAGAGCGAGAAUGCUGAGAUAUCGAAGUUGGUGAAGCGUAUGAUUGGUGCGUGGAAGGACGCCAUCAACAAGCACAAGAAGGCAAAGUUACGACAACAACAGCCACCUCAGCAGGGUGUUUCUGCAUCUAGCGGAGGUGCCGCUGAUGGUAGCAAUAACGACGGUGCGAAGUCCGGCGAUGAGCCACGCAAGACUGACAAGUUCGUCAGCAGCAAAAUCAGAAAUACAAAGAAUGACGGCGUGGACCCUAAUGUGCAUAACAAUAAGCUGAGAGACCAAGUGAUAAGAGCACUCUACGAUGCCUUGGCCAAGGACAGCGAACAUCCACCAAAGUCUAUUCUACAGACAAGUAUUGCUAUAGAGGAAGAAAUGCAUAAGUUGAACGAUAGUAGCAUAAAGGAGAAAGAAUAUAAGGACAAAUAUCGUGUGAUCUACUCCAACAUCAUCUCCAGAAAUAACCCUGAUUUAAAAGUUAAGAUAGCUAAUGGAGAUCUUUCCCCAGAGCAAUUGGUCAACAGCGAUCCAAAGGAUCUGGCCCCUGAGCAUUUAAAGAAGAAGAUGGAGGAGAUUAAGAAACAGAACUUGUUCAACGCCCAAGGUGCCACUAUCGAGAGGUCGGUGACAGACAGAUUCACUUGUGGUAAGUGUAAAGAAAAGAAAGUCUCCUACUACCAACUACAAACAAGAUCUGCGGAUGAACCUCUUACAACUUUCUGUACUUGUGAGGCCUGCGGUAACAGAUGGAAAUUCUCUUGA